CACGAGUCUCUAUUAUAUUGUAUUCAUCUUAAAACUAAAACCCUACAAACACCGGAGAGAGAAGUUGCAACUGCGAAAGGGUUAAGCGAAUCAGCCUCAAAAUGCCAAAGUCGAAGCGAAAUAGACAAGUUACGUUGUCGAAGACGAAGAAAAAGGGAAGGGAUCAUAAAGAGACGAUAGUGAACGGAAUAAAAGAGGCAGCAGAGAAGUACGGGUGGGUGUACGUGUUCUCGUUUGAGAACAUGAGGAAUCAGAAAUUCAAGGAGUUCAGGGAACAGCUGAAAUCGAGUAGCAGGUUCUUUCUCGGUUCUAACAAAGUAAUGCAGGUUGCUCUUGGUCGCUCCGCCGCUGAUGAAAUCAGACCCGGCCUUCACAAGGUUUCAAAGCUUUUGCGUGGAGAUGCUGGAAUGGUUUGUACGAAUUUGCCUAAAGAAGAAGUUGAGAGGCUGUUUAAAGAAUUUGAGGAAUAUGACUUUGCAAGAACAGGAAGCAAUGCCACUGAAAAGGUGGAUCUAAAGGAGGGUCCUCUAGAGCAGUUCACGCAUGAGAUGGAACCUUUUCUCCGGAAGCAAGGCAUGCCUGUUCGGUUAAAUAAAGGAGUUGUGGAGCUUGUUUCAGAUUUUGUUGUUUGUGAGGAAGGGAAGCCCUUGUCACCUGAGGCUGCUCGCAUAUUGCGUUUGAUGGGAAUCAAGAUGGCUACAUUUCGACUGAACCUAAUUUGCAGGUGGAGCCCCGAUGAGUUUGAGCUUUACAUUGAUGGGCCGGAUGAAUCAGAUGUUGAAUGCUCGUAGUACUUCUGUUUGCUCGUUCAAGAUCAUGGAGCCCCCCAAAAAAUGUUGAAGAUUACAAGAUACGACCCGUAAUUUGCAUCCUCAGUGCAAAAGCCUUUGUUUUAGAUAAUGUAUUUUUAGUUGAGUUGAUUUGUGGGAACUAGGCCGAGUGGUUAACAGGGAACUGGCGUAUGGCCAUUGUCUGUAACUUAUGAAAAAAAUCAAAUUACUGUGAUAAAGUUUUGAUCGGUUUAGAUGGAUUAUUUUGCUGCUGAUAUAUAAUUUUUAUCAAUUGAAGAUUAUAGUA